AUGUUUCAAACACCAUACCUUCUUAAGGCAUCUGCACGCACCAAGGAUAUUCCUGGAACACUUCGACCUGAUAAUGUGACUGGAUCAUCGUUGUUGCUUAGAUGGAACAGUUUACAAGCGGAACAACCACCAAACGUCAUCUCGGUACAAUACAAAGAGACGGGUUCCAGUGGAGUAUGGAAGGCUCCGACUAACGCAUCAUUUGAUCCUUCGGUGUCUACCAUUCUAGUGCUUAUUAACGGACUACUUUCUGCUACUUCAUACGAUUACCGCUUUGUCGCUUCGUACUCAGGGACGUACUCUAUCGAAAGUAAAGUAAUAGGUUUCAAGGAGUAUUACUAUCAAAGUGUUCAACAGGCGAAAACUAAAGGUAUAUUAGAUAUACCCGGAGUACCCACUGCACCGCUACAAGUGGAAGCUAGAAUGGACGAGGAGGGGUGGAUAGUUUCAUGGAAGGAGCCGUCAAGCGAUGGUGGAUCACCCAUUACUAGUUACGCCGUCGAAAUGAGAAAUAAUCGUUCGUCCGAGUGGGAGAUUGCUGAAAGAGGGCUUGAUGGUUGGAAACUCUGGUGGAGACCUGCCAAAAGUGAUCGUCGGACGUGGGAGUUCCGCGUACGGGCGGCAAACACUGAGGGCUUUGGCGCUUAUGGAUAUUCUAGUGAUAACGUCGUCCCUCCAACUAUAGAAGAAUCAACGCAGUCAUGGCUUUACGUGGUUCUUUCUGUUUCACUUAUUGCUAUCCUUGUAUUGUUGACUUUGAUCUUCUUAAUGAUUAGAGCGCGCGCCCGGGCAGCACGGUUGAAAAAGGAACGUACACAGGAUAAGAACUGCAUCACACUAGAAAAGAUAGCUGGGCUUAACAGUGCCCCUUUCCAGCCAAUGCCUCCCGAAAUGUUGAACGAAAUCAAA